GCCCCCCAGAUGCUUCCACAGACUCUUUCAAGUUCAUGAGAAAAUUAAAUGCUCACGAGUGCAGACGACCGUUGCAUCGAGUGGUUGUUUUGACAUUUGACAGAUAGCACGAGGAGUUUGACAGCUCCUAAAACAAAUAAUGACACCAGGUAGAGCAGAUCUGUCGAUAACCCUUGAAUUUAGCGGAGGUGCAGAAUUAUUGUUCGAUGAAAAGAAGAUUGACGUUAGUCUGCCUGGAGACAAAGAAUGGACACUGCAGCUUUUGCUCUUUUGGAUAAGGGACAAUCUUUUGAGAGAUAGACCGGAACUAUUCCUGCUGGACAAUACUGUGAGACCGGGAAUCCUGGUGCUGGUCAAUGAUGAAGAUUGGGAAUUGCUGGGUCAAGGAGAGUACAAAUUGCAAUCGAAGGAUACAGUCCUCUUCAUAUCUACACUACAUGGAGGUUGAACCUUUGAAAACUUUAUGCAAAUCAGUACUUUAAAGUUGGCAAAGGGGAAUGACUUGUUAUUUAUUCUAUUAUGUAUGUAAAAUAUAUUCAUACGUUUAUAACUA